AUGAACUGGACCCGCCUCUAUUUCAUCAACAAAGCAAGGGAGUGGGCUGGGCUGAGGGACUUGGUGCCAGACAAGCCGGGACAUGUAUGCUUUGCCGAGGGGCAAAUCAGUAUGUGGAAAGAACUGGCCUUCCAGGCCACCAAAGAAUUUAUAAAUGCCGGGGUCAUGUGCGAGGCCAUUGCAUUACCUAAUCCUAGUUGA